AUGGAGGGAAGCCUGAAGCAGCUCAGCCUGGGGAGGGAGACUGAGGAAACAAGGGACAGCCAGGCCCUGGCUGAGCUCCAGGAACUAGCCAUGAAAUGGUUCAUGGAGACCCAAGCCCCCUUCAUCCUGCAGAAUGGGGCCCUGCCCCCCUGGUUUCAUGGAUUCAUCACCCGCAAGCAGACGGAGCAGCUACUCAGGGACAAAGCUCUCGGUUCCUUCCUCAUCCGCCUCAGUGACAGGGCUGCCGGCUACAUCUUGUCCUACAGGGGCAGCGAUCGCUGCCGGCAUUUUGUUAUCAACCAGCUCCGAAACCGUCGCUACCUCAUCUCGGGUGACACCCUCAGCCACAGCACCCUGGCCGAGCUGGUGCGCCAUUACCAGGAAGUGCAGCUCGAGCCCUUUGGGGAGACCUUGGCUGCUGCCUGCCCCCGGCCAGAGGACAAUGAUCUGUAUGAUGCUAUCACCCUGGGCCUCCACCAGACCAACCUGGAAAAUCCACCUGCAUCCCCCACAGUGGUCCCCAACAAGGCUGCCAGCCCCUGCCCCUCUGCAAAGCCACAGGUCUCCUUCCUCCACACAAAGAAGAGCCUGGAUGUGAGUCCCUGGAACCCCUCCAAGGAGGAAAGCACGGAGACCCCCACCAAGGUACCCCCCCUCCCUGAGAGGAGUACCUCCCUCCUGGAUGAGUCUUUUUCAGGCCCCAGUGACAUCAUCUACGCAGACCUGAAGAAGAUGAACCAGGCACGGCUAGGCCCGGGCACAGAAGCAUCCAGCAGGCAUGGGUCAAUUCCAGCUAGCAGCCAGGCCUGCUCCCUAGGCAGGGAGGUUCUGAAGAGACCUUCAGAUGGAGACCAGAAUAGACCUGAUGGCCCAGGGCCUGCCCUCUCUGGGGUGAGUCCCGACCAGGGCUCUACAAUGUCUUCCACAUCCUGGGGGUUUCUCCUGGCCCCCAGUUCUGAGGCCCUGGGAUCUCGGGCUGCUACCUGGAGGCAGGGGUUUCUGAAACAAGGUCACGAGGCUCAGUCCUGCUCCCAGGGCAGCUCUGCAGAUUCCUAUGAGCUUGUUGGGACAGCAGACCAAGGAGGCAGUCCUUAUGAGCAGAUUCCAGCUUGUUGGAGUGGCCCAGCUAGGCCUCCACAUCCUGGGGCCAGUCCCACAUAUAGCAAACUGUCAAGGCCUGCGGACUGUAGCUAUGAGAAGAUCUUGGGGACCCCAGAGCUCCCAGAGCCUGGGAACACCUAUGAGCAAAUCCCAGCAGCCAAGAGCAAGGAGUCUGGACGAACACACAAGCCUGACAAGCUCCGGAGGCUGUUCUUCGCAGACAAGAAGGCUAAAUUCUGA